GCCGCCUUUUUGAUUCCCUUUUCAUUCAAGAUGGCGGGCGACGAGUCUGGCACAACGCUUGGUCAGCCUCACUUGGCCAAACAAGACCUUAGUACUCUCGAUGUGUCAACCUUGACGCCUCUUUCUCCUGAGAUCAUCAGCAGACAGGCUACCAUCAAUAUCGGCACCAUCGGCCAUGUGGCCCAUGGAAAGUCCACAGUAGUUAAGGCCAUUUCUGGAGUUCACACUGUCCGGUUUAAGAAUGAGCUGGAGAGGAAUAUCACCAUCAAGCUAGGAUAUGCUAACGCUAAGGUCUACAAGCUGGAUGACCCCAGCUGUCCCAGGCCGGAGUGCUACCGGUCAUGUGGCAGCAGCACUCCUGAUGAGUUUCCCACAGACAUCCCUGGCACCAAGGGCUAUUUCAAACUGGUCAGACACGUGUCUUUUGUGGACUGUCCUGGUCACGACAUUUUGAUGGCAACGAUGUUGAACGGAGCGGCAGUCAUGGACGCAGCUCUCCUGCUUAUUGCGGGGAAUGAGUCGUGUCCUCAGCCUCAGACGUCGGAGCAUCUGGCUGCCAUAGAGAUCAUGAAGCUGAAACACAUCCUCAUCCUCCAGAACAAGAUCGACCUGGUGAAAGAGAGCCAGGCCAAAGAGCAGCACGAGCAGAUCCUUGCCUUCGUGCAGGGCACUGUGGCCGAGGGCGCCCCCAUCAUUCCCAUUUCAGCUCAGCUGAAGUACAACAUUGAGGUGGUUUGUGAGUACAUCGUCAAAAAGAUCCCAGUACCCCUGAGAGACUUCACCUCUGAGCCCAGACUUAUCGUUAUCAGGUCUUUCGAUGUGAACAAGCCUGGCUGUGAGGUUGAUGACCUGAAAGGAGGAGUGGCUGGAGGAAGUAUCUUGAAGGGUGUGCUCAAGGUGGGUCAGGAGCUUGAGGUGCGGCCGGGCAUCGUCUCCAAAGACCAUGAAGGAAAGCUGAUGUGCAAGCCCAUCUUCUCCAAGAUCGUUUCUCUGUUUGCGGAGCACAACGAUCUGCAGUACGCUGCACCUGGAGGCCUCAUUGGUGUGGGCACUAAAAUCGACCCAACACUGUGCCGAGCAGAUCGUAUGGUCGGACAGGUGCUGGGUGCUGUCGGAGCGCUGCCAGAGAUCUUCACAGAGCUUGAGAUUUCUUAUUUCCUGCUUCGAAGGCUGCUAGGAGUACGCACAGAGGGAGACAAGAAGGCUGCCAAGGUCCAGAAGCUGUCUAAGAAUGAGGUGCUGAUGGUGAACAUCGGCUCGCUGUCAACAGGCGGCCGUGUGAGCGCCGUCAAGGCUGAUUUGGCUAAGAUCGUCCUCACCAACCCUGUGUGUACAGAGGUCGGAGAGAAGAUCGCUCUGAGUCGACGUGUGGAGAAACAUUGGCGUCUGAUCGGUUGGGGACAGAUCAGGAGAGGCGUGACCAUCACACCCACAGUGGACGACGACUGAGACCAAACCAGAACAUCAGGCAGACGACACAACCAUCCAGCUCCUCAAGGGUUUUUUUUUUUGUUGUUGUUUUGUUUUUUUUUUUCCCACAUAGGUGGGAGGCAGGAAGAGAGACGAGGACAUUUCACUAGUUUAAAGACUUCUUUUCCCUCUUCUUUUUAUUUGCAAAAACACAGGUUGAAUUUUCUUGAUCUGCCUCCUGCUCGAGUUUAAAGGAAAGUCAAGGAGAAGAGGUGCUUUAGACUGUCAUUAACAACCCUUUUAAACACCGGGAAUUCAUACAGUACUAAAGCAAACCUAAUAAAAUUAAUUUGAAAGGA